CAUAACCUCGAUGACCCGUCCCGGCAAUAAAAGACCCGGACGUGGAUUCGGACUAGGACCCGGACCGGAAGUCUUCUAUAUAUAGGCAAACUCGAAAUAAUUGGAAGGCGAGAGACGAUUUGCCCUUUUCUGCAAGCAAAACAGCCGGUUCGCCAUCCUUCUCGAUUCCUCUUAGAAGCCGACCAGUCAUGCUAACAGUAAGUGUAAAAUGGCAGAAGGAAGUGUUUCCAAAAGUGGAAAUUGAUACUAGCCAGCCUCCGUAUGUUUUCAAGUGCCAGUUGUAUGAUUUGACCGGUGUACCCCCAGAAAGGCAGAAGAUUAUGGUCAAGGGUGGUAUAUUAAAGGAUGAUGCGGACUGGGCCGCAUUAGGAGUUAAGGAGGGUCAAAAGUUGAUGAUGAUGGGAACUGCUGGUGAGAUUGUGAAGGCUCCUGAGAAGGGCCCUGUUUUCAUGGAAGAUCUUCCAGAAGAAGAACAAGUGGUUGCCCUGGGUCAUAAUUCGGGCCUAUUUAAUCUGGGAAACACUUGCUACAUGAACUCCACAAUGCAAUGCCUCCAUUCUGUUCCAGAGUUGAAGUCUGCUUUGGUUAAGUAUGGAUCUGAAAGGAAUAACAACUUGGAUCAGACGUCUCAUAUGUUGACAGUGGCAACUCGUGAUUUAUUUAAUGAGCUCGAUAAAAGUAUCAAGCCUGUGGCACCAAUGCAGUUUUGGAUGGUUUUGCGUAAGAAGUAUCCUCAAUUUGGUCAGUUGCACAAUGGUGUAUUCAUGCAGCAGGAUGCUGAAGAAUGUUGGACACAAAUUCUAUACACCCUUUCUCAGUCUCUUAGCCUUCCAAGUUCCAGUGAAGACCUCGAUGCUGUGAAGAAACUUUUUGGUGUUGAACUAGUAAGCAGGGUACAUUGCCAGGAAAGUGGAGAGGAAAGCUCCGAAACUGAAUCUGUUUACUCACUUAAAUGCCACAUAUCACAUGAGGUGAACCAUUUGCAUGAAGGAUUGAAACAUGGUUUAAAAUCUGAAUUGGAGAAGGCUUCUCCUUCCUUGGGCCGUAGUGCACUUUACAUAAAAGAUUCACAUAUUAAUGCCUUGCCAAGAUACUUGACCAUUCAGUUUGUCCGUUUUUUUUGGAAGAGGGAGUCAAAUCAGAAGGCCAAGAUUCUACGGAAAGUGGAUUAUCCAUUGGUGCUUGAUGUUUAUGAUCUAUGCUCUGAUGAUCUUCGAAAAAAUUUGGAAACUCCUCGUCAGAUCCUAAGGACUGAGGAAGGUAAAAAGGCCGGUUUGAAAACAAGUGAUGACUCCAGUUCAAAGGAUAAUGAUGUCAAAAUGACUGAUAUAAAGGAAUCAUCCAAUGGAGUAGGAGAAUUAUCUACUGUCACACCUGAAGAAGGUGUACCAUCAAAUAAAGAACAUUUGACUGGAAUCUAUGAUUUGGUUGCUGUGCUAACCCAUAAGGGUAGAAGUGCUGAUUCAGGGCAUUAUGUCUCUUGGGUCAAGCAAGAAAGUGGGAAAUGGAUUCAGUUUGAUGAUGAUAAUCCUAUACUCCAGCGGGAGGAAGAUAUAACUAAACUGUCUGGUGGAGGUGACUGGCAUAUGGCAUACAUUUGCAUGUACAAGGCUCGGGUAGUCCCCAUGUAAUGUAUUGUGUUCCUUGAAUUAGAGAUAUCCAUAUUUUCAUAUCCUGAGACCACAUCAGUAGUGAAAUGGUUGAUAGAUUAUCACAUAAUUAUGUUCUACUACUAAGGCCAUCUUGUCCGGGUGCUAAGACAUUUUUUAUCUGAUGGAAUAUUGUUGAAUUGUUUUUAAUGAGUGUCUUCUUUUGAACUUAA